UAAGCCAGUCGCGUGGAACGCAUACACUGUGAGUCACCAAGAUGCAAUCUCUUCAGCAGAAAGCCUCUGAAUGGAGCCGAGUCGAUCCUAACGAUGCCUUUGCGAUCGAUAACACAAAUUUAUUCGAGAAACUUGGUCUUCAAACCUUCAUUGAUCUCUCUACCAAUUUUUAUAACAGGGUUUAUGAUGAUGAGGAAGAAGAGUGGUUUCGUUUGAUUUUCGCAAACUCGAAUAAAGAAGACGCAAUUCAGAAUCAGUAUGAGUUCUUUGUACAGAGAAUGGGAGGUCCUCCUCUUUAUUCUCAGAGGAAAGGUCAUCCUGCCCUGAUUGGACGUCACCGGCCUUUCCCCGUCACACAUAAAGCGGCAGAGAGGUGGUUACACCACAUGCAACAAGCAUUGGACAGCAUCUCAGAGAUUGAUGCAGAUUCAAAAAUAAAAAUGAUGAAUUUUUUCAGGCAUACUGCAUUUUUUCUUGUUGCUGGUGAUGAGUUGAAAAAACAAAACCAAGGAGUCCCUCCCUGUAAACAUGGGGCAAGCAAGCCAGCUGCUUCAUAAAUUUUUAACUGUGGAAUCUUCUCAUUCCCACCACACAUAGACAAGAUAAGUUACUGUAAUUUAUCCUACAUUUUCAUAUCUUAAACUUGUAUGAUGGAAAACAUAAUUCAUAAUCUUCCCCAUCAAAUAAGUUUCAGAAGCUUACAUAUUUCCUUUUGCUUCC